UGUGAUUGGUUGAUAAGGGGUCCUUGAGAGAGCCUCCCCUCGCUGCGCCUCGCGCUCACUGGCUGGGCUGCCCGAGGAAGUUUCGCGAGUUGCGAUUUCCCCCGUGCAGCGUGUGUGGGGGUGUGGAGCAGGGAUGGACGUGUUAGCGGUACUGGCUUUGCUGUCCUUGUGUGUGUCGAUGCGGGUCCAGUUCGCCUGCGCCUUCUCCCAGUCCCUGGAUAGCGACUUCACUUUCACCCUACCCGCCGGCCGCAAGGAGUGCUUUUACCAGACCAUGAAGAAAGAUGCCUCCCUUGAGAUCGAGUACCAGGUGCUGGACGGGGCGGGGCUGGAUGUCGACUUCUACCUGUCCUCGCCGGCGGGGAACGUGCUGGUGAGGGAUCACAGGAAAUCGGACGGCGUGCACACGGUGGAGGCGGAGGAUGGAGACUACAUGUUCUGCUUCGACAACACGUUCAGCUCCGUGUCGGAGAAGAUCGUCUUCUUCGAGCUGAUCCUGGACAACAUGGAGGCCGAGGAGGGGCCAGACCCGGAGGACUGGAAGGAGUACGUGCACGGGACAGACCUGCUGGACAUGAAGCUGGAGGACAUCAUGGAAACGAUCAACAGCGUGAAGGCACGGCUGGGCAAGAGCGUCCAGAUCCAGACGCUGCUGCGGGCGUUCGAGGCGCGGGACCGCAACCUGCAGGAGAGCAACUAUGAGCGCGUCAACCUGUGGUCCUGCACCAACCUGCUGGUCAUGGUGCUGGUGUCCGGCGUCCAGGUCUACCUGCUGCGCAGCCUCUUCGACGACAAGAGGAGGAGCCGCACAUAGCGUAGCCGGACGGGGGGGGGGGAGGACAGGCGGCCCAGCCAGGCCAGGCCCAGCCCGGCGGGCCGCUCACAGGGCUUGGGGGAGGGGGCCAGGCGGGCGGCAGGCUGCUCCUGGACACAACGCCGACUCCUCUACAGUCUGUCCCCACUCUUGGCUUUCUCUGCCCAGUGGUCUUCUUGUUUAAUUCGACUGAAAAGACAGGUCAAGCUCAAGAGCGGAGCGCUACCGGAGCCCACGUGCUUCGUCAUGGAUUGGGUGAAGGCAGAUCGCUGCUUCAGCACACGAACCUUACAAUACCUCCAGCAAAAACCCGAACUGCGAUUUCUUUUCAUCAGGGCUCAUUAUCUCUGCUCCUGAGGGCUUUCUUUUUGUCUUGGAAGAUGGUUGAUGUUAAGAGGGACUGUUACAUGUUGUGUCAAAGAGAGACUGGUCUGAUCUAAAUUUUUCUUCUAAAGAUCAAACUGCAUUUUCUGAAAUUAGAAAAAAAAGAGCAGAAGCCAUUUAUGUGAUGACUUAUUAUUAUGACUAAUUUCUGCUGAAACAUUGUUUUACGUUUUUA